AUGAAAACUGCUGAAGAUAUCCUCUACCCUGCCACCCAAGCACAUUUCAGGAAUUGCCAGCGUGUGCAGCCUAUCUCCAUUGAGCUAAUAAAAGCUGGAAUUCUCAUUGCUACUUAUGAAUAUGGACAAGCACAGCCUGGAACAGCAUAUUUGACCAUCACCGCCUGCAAAAAUAUGAUGAAGUCCUUGGGGAUUUACCCUUACAGUCUCCAAGGGGCCGCUCAAUCUGAAGAAUUCAAGGCGUGCUGGACGGUUGCACUCUUGGAAAGGCAAGUUAACAGCUACUACCUGAGAAACUCGCAUAACAAACUUGACAGGAUAAUCAGUCUCAAGUUAGGCCUCCAGUUUCUCAUCUCCGAUACAUUGCCGGAAGUUCCAGAUGAAAAUGACUCAUUCGCACAACAGAUCCGGGCGACUUUGCUACUAGACCGUGUCCUACAUUCCAUGGACAUUCCCGCCAAAAAAGAACAAUAUCAGGGCCUACCCGGCAUUGACGUCAUCUGUCAAAUUCUACUUGAGAUGGUUCAAGAACAUGUCGAACGAGUCGACGUAGUUUCAACAGCUCGUCAUGGCGAUUCGGCACCAUGGUCUGUUGAGAUGGUGCGUCAGGCAACCGCUGUGCUAGAACGGGAGAAAAAAAACGUUCAAACGCAUGUCUUCAAGUCAUUUCUGCUUAGGCAGUCCGUACGAUGGAAGAUCGCUCGCAGCUUUUGUAAAAUGCGUGACAUGGCCGCGCUCAGCGGUCAAGAUCAGCGAUCGUCUAGGCCCACCGAGGCCUACUACCGACCUCUGUGA